CACAACUGAGAGAAUAGAAAAAUGGUGGGAAGCAGCAAUGAGGAAGAAAUGGAGUUGGUGCUGCUCCCCAAUUUCGAUCUCAUCUACCAGGAUUUCAAGAAUGCCAUUACGGAGAUAGAAUUGCUCAAAACCAACUCCAAUGCUGAGCUCAAAAUCCGAGAAGCCCUCCAAUUCACUUCUCAUUCUCUCCGCCAAGAGAAUGAGCGGCUGACCAGACUGCAAUCAGAAUCUCUAUAUACCCUUGCUGACCAGCGCACAAAAUGCCAGAGUUUGAAAGAACUUAAUAGAGUGAGUGAUGAACGUCUCCAUCAAGAAUAUGAACACAAGAAGUCUAUGGAUUUGCUUAAGCGAGAUUACAUGACAAUGGUUGGCGUUGGAGGCUCAAAUCCGAUGAAAAGAUAUAUGUUGCAGCUAACAAUGGCAAAAUAGAUGAUUGAUGUGGAAUCAUUAAAAUGUUGAAUUUUGGUUAAAAGGU